CGCGAUCCCAAGUAGCCAAAUUGGUCGAAACCGGUGUCCCUAUCUUAUCGAUAUCCCCAGGAAAUCUACGAAUCAGACACGAUCACAAUACUGCCAUGCCUCGCGCUGCACGUCGCCGAACUGCCCCCAACGCGUCCGCCAAGCGCCAAAAGAAUCGGCGAGCCGACGCCUCUCCCGACGCACAAAGGCCGGGGAAAAGGCAAAAAACUGCGGCCAGUUUGCCACAAGAAGACGGCACUCUCAAAUCUACGCCGAAAAGGAGCAAAUACUUCCUGCCUGCAGAUGCUGAGAGCUCCGAGGCAGAGUAUUGCCCAACGCCCAUAUCUUCCCCGCCUCUUAGCCCCGAUUCUACGAAUGCGGACCCCUGGGUCCCCGAUACAGACGAGGAGAGUGAUGACAACGGUCGAAAACGUAGCGGAGCAGCUAGGAAAGGGAAGCAGAAGAGCAAGAGGAUAUCGCAGGGCAAAGGCGGCAGGGAGCCGGAGCAGACUCGAGCUUCGAAAUUAACAGACCUAUGGAGAGAGGGUGUGCGGACGGGCCUGGGCCCAGGCAAAGAAGUCUAUAUAGAACUUCCUCAGGCCCGAGAUCCGGGAAGCACGCCAUAUGAGGACCACACGAUUCAUCCGAAUACAUUGCUGUUCCUGGAAGAUUUGAAAGCGAACAAUGACAGGGACUGGCUGAAGAAGCAUGAUUCGGAUUAUCGCACGUCACAGAAGGAUUGGGAGGCAUUCGUGGAGAAAUUGACCGAGAAAAUUAUUGAAAAGGAUAGUACUAUUCCUGAACUACCGGUGAAGGACGUGGUGUUUCGUAUAUAUAGGGAUGUCCGUUUUACCAAUGACCCUACGCCUUACAAGCCACACUUCUCAGCGGCAUGGUCCCGGACUGGUCGUAAAGGACCUUAUGCGGCUUACUACGUCCACCUGGAGCCAGGGAAGUGCUUCGUUGGUUCGGGUCUAUGGAUGCCAGAGGCGGCAAGACUGGCCCUUCUAAGGCAAGACAUCGACGGGCGAUCGGAGCGCAUCAAGCGCGUCUUGGGCCACUCCGACAUACGAAGGGAAAUUUUCGACGAUAUUCCUGACGAAGAAAAGAAGGUAGUGAAGGCUUUCAUCAGUCAAAAUCAAGAAACCGCUUUGAAAACCAAACCGAAGGGCUACAGUUCAGAGAACAAGAACAUCGAACUACUCCGACUGCGCUCUUUCACGCUCAACAAGCAACUCCGUGACGAGGAUCUGUUGGGCCCAGAAGCGCUGGACAGGAUUGCGAGUAUUAUCGGAAUCAUGGUUCCUUUCGUCACAUACUUGAACAGCGUUGUGAUGCCUGAUCUGGACGAAAACGAGCAAAACGAUGACGAUGAGGAGCCGGAUGGAGGCAGUACUUCCUCGUAGGCAGAGCCAGGUCAGCUUGGGGACACGACUCAGCCAGAUAUCUACUUUUGCAGUUCAACCUCCCCAGGUUUACGCGCAAAGUCUUUCGACCAAUAACGCAAAUGUAGCCGUGAGGUUAAACACCCCCCCCUUUAUUGUGCUUGAUUCAUUUCCUUUUGAGCGUCCAUGCCCAAUUGUUGGAACUACAUUAGAGACCAAUAUCAGGAGAUGUGGGAGGAAACAUUUGGAAGCCGGGACCCCCGGCUUUGAAAAAGCUUCGUUGCCAGCAUCGCUCGACCAAGAACCAACCCAAGCGAUGGUGUUUCGAUUUCGUGACAUGUAGGCCGGGGGAAUGGGUGGGAAGGAAUUAGCCUUUUGCUCGUUGAGCGGGAAGUUGAGAUGCUUGGAACAAAGUUUACCAUAGAACCGAUUCUGAAGGCUUGCGGAUGCGGUUUCGGAGAUUUGACAUGGAGACCGUGUUCCCCCUCCGGGCAUCAUGAAACACGAGAAGUUUCUCCCUACGGUUUCUCUGGUCAUUUGCUCAUCAGCACUGGCUCGGAUUGGAAAAAAAAAAAAAAAAGAUUACAAUAUUUUCUUUCAAAGAAAAUUUUUUGAGUUUGGUUCUUUUUUUUUUUUUUUUGGGCCUUUGGGAAAGUCUUGGAAGUAUCAUAGAAAACCCUGUUAAUCGAAGAUACAGGGUCAACUGGGAGAUGGUGAUAUUGUCGCUCCAUGUAUGUAUGCACAUACGUACGUACGUACGUAUAUACAUGCAGUAAGAAUGCAUAUUCAAACGUU